AUGCAAAAUACAAUAAAUGUCAUUCAAUUAGGAGUAGGAUUUUUUUUAAUAUUUUUUGCUUUCAAUUCACAAGGAUUCAUUGAAGAAUCUGUAAUUAAUUCAUUUGCCGAAAAGGGUAAAAUUUCAAAACAUGCUGGAUAUACUUCUUUGGCAAUUAUUUAUGCUGUCUUUACACUAGCUAAUUUUAUUGCUGCCCCUAUUGUUGGUUUUUUGGGACCAAAAUUAAGUAUGUUUUUAGCGGCCUUAACUUAUGGUUUAUUUCAAAUUGGGUUUUUAUUUCUUAAUGAAAUUUUUCUUUACCUUUCAUCAGCAGCCAUUGGAAUUGGUGCUGCUGUCAUUUGGACAGCUCAGGGAAAAUAUUUAUCAAUGAAUUCUACCUCAGAAACAUCAAGUAAGCAUAGUGGUAUUUUUUGGGCAACCUCACAAUGUUGUAUUCUUUUUGGUGGAAUAUUUUUAUUUAUUGUAUUUCAAAGUUCUAACAAAAGUGAGAUUGAUGAGUCUACUGUUAGAGUUCUUUAUGGAGUAUUUACUGUUGUGACGAUUGUUGGUUCAGGAGUAUUGUUAUUUUUAAGAAAUAAAACAAAUUAUGGUAUUGUGAACACAAUGGUAGAAAGCACCGAGACAGCUGUAACACAAAAAGAAAUUAUUUUAGGAACGUUUAAAUUAAUGUUUACUAAAAAAAUGGGAUUCCUGAUUUUGGCAUUUGCUUAUACUGGUGUUGAACUUUCAUUUUGGUCAGGAAUAUAUCCAACAUGUAUUUCUUUUACAAAGAAAUUAGGCACAAAUACUCAUACAUUAGUUGCAUUUAAUGCAAUGGCUCAAGGUGUUGGGCAAAUAAUUGGUGGAUUAUUAUUUGGAAUUUUUGGCUCAAAGACGAGGCGAUUCAAUCGUCAGUCAAAGGUACUCCUUGGUACAAUAGUACAUCUUUUUUGUUUUAUUUUGAUUUUUAUCAAUUUCCCUUCUGAUGCUCCAAUAAAUAAAACUGAUGACACUGGAUUGAUAUAUCCAAAUAUUUAUCUAGCUUUAUUUUCAACAGUUUUAUUAGGUUUUGGAGAUGCAUGUUGGAAUACACAAAUUUUUGCACACCUUAUUGAUAAUUAUCCCACAAAAAGUGCUGAAGCAUUUUCCAACUUUAAAUUUUAUCAAUCUUUAUUGACCUGUGCAUGUUUUUUCUAUUCACCAUAUCUUCAAUUACAAUGGCAUAUAUUAAUUCUUAUGGUUCUUGGGGUACUUGGAUUAGUUGCUUUUGUAUAUGUUGAUAGGAUGCCUUUAUCAGAUGCAUUAGAAAUGAGUGAAAGCAUUGAUUCAAAAGAUAAUGAAGAAGAUGACAUCAGUUCAACAGCAUCACCAUUACAAUCAUAA